AUGACAGGUCAUAAAUUAUUUAACUUAAAAGAGGCUUAUUCUUUAUAUGCAGUUCAUCAUAGUAAUCAUAUAAAUAAGAUAAUUCAUAUAUUAUUUGUACCUUGUUCAAUGUUUAUAAUAAAAAAAUUUAUAAAUCUUAGUACAAUAUUUGCACUUUUAUUAUGUGCCUAUGUUUGUUAUUUAGAUUGUAAAAUUGGAUUGAUAACCUCGGCAUGGAUUUUAAUGACAAAUUAUUUAGCCAAUUCAAAGAUUGAAGAUAUUGGUUUAACCAGAGCUACUACUGAUGGUGUUAAACUAUUAGCAAUUGCUUUAGUUGUUUUAUUACUUGGUCAUUUAAUAUUUGAGGGAGUUUCUCAUACAUUUAGUUUACCUGCUGAACCAUUAGCAGUAUUUGUUGUACCAUUAUUUGUUACCUAUGAAGUUUUAUUUUAUUUUGGACUUUGUAAAGAUACUCAAAUUUUAAUUUAUUCAAAAAUUAAUUCAUAUUUAUAA